ACGCGCAGAACCUUAAGAAAAAAACAAGUCUGAGAAGCCCCAGAGAUGAAGCGCCUAUAUAUACACACACACCAAAUUGAACACACGGCAACAGCACACACUGGACACGAAGCAAGCACACACUAGACACAGCAGCAAGCAAGCAAGACACCAAACAUUCCAGUGCCCGCCUUAUACCGUUGCAUGACGAGGAUGAGCUCGAGGGCGGCGGCGGUGGCGGCGGCGGCGUUCCUGGUGCUCGCGGCCGCCUGUCCGCUGCUGGCCUCGGCGCAGCCAGCGCCGGGCAUGCCUCCGCCGUCCCCGGCCGCGAACAACUCCCGGCUGGAGAAGGCGUACGUGGCGCUGCAGGCGCUGAAGCGCGCCAUCACGGACGACCCCAAGAAGCUGACCAAGAACUGGUGCGGGCCCGACGUGUGCAGCUACUUCGGCGUGUUCUGCGCGCCGGCGCCCGACGACCCCUGCCAGCGCACGGUGGCCUCCGUGGACCUCAACCACGGCGACCUCGCCGGGACGCUCCCCGAGGAGCUGGGCCUCCUGUCCGACCUCGCCGUCUUCCACCUCAACUCCAACCGCUUCAGCGGCUCCCUCCCCGACUCGCUCCGCUCCCUCCACCUCCUCCACGAGAUCGACGUCAGCAACAACCAGCUCUCCGGGCCCUUCCCGCCGCAGCUCCUCUGCCUCCCCAACGUCCAGUACGUGGACAUCAGGUUCAACAACUUCUGCGGCGAGGUGCCGGCGGCCAUCUUCGACAAGAAGGUCGACGCGCUCUUCAUCAACAACAACCACUUCGAGUUCACGCUGCCCGACAGCUUCACCAACUCGACGGCGUCGGUGAUCGUGCUGGCCAACCUGCAGCGGGUCAGCGGCUGCCUGCCGAGCAGCAUCGGCGACAUGGCCGCCACGCUCAACGAGCUGAUCCUGCUCAACAGCGGCAUCUCCUCCUGCAUCCCGCCCGAGAUCGGCAAGCUGGACAAGCUCACCGUGCUGGACCUCAGCUUCAACAGCAUCGCCGGCACCCUGCCGGACACGAUCGGCAACAUGCGGGCGCUGGAGCAGCUCGACGUCGCGCACAACCGCCUCGCCGGCGAGAUACCGGAGAGCGUCUGCGGCCUGCCGCACCUCAAGAACUUCACCUACUCGUACAACUUCUUCUGCGGCGAGCCGCACCGGUGCCUCGAGGUGCCGCGCGUCGACGACCGCCAGAACUGCAUCGCCGGGCGCCCCGACCAGCGCCCGGGCGAGGAGUGCAUCUCGUUCCUGCACCAGCCGAGGGUGCGCUGCGACGCCCACGGGUGCAUCGCGCCACCGUCUUCGCCACCUCCACCUCCACCUAUGCAUGCUCCUCCGCCGCCUGUAUACUGAUCCGUGAACCGUGGUAACUCGCGAUUGCUUCCCUUGCCUAGCUUGUGGUGUCAAAAUCGAAAGGGUAAAUGCAUACACAUGGUAUAUACUGUAACUUUUAUUUCUCAGCAAAAGAUUAAUAAUGGAUUCAUAGAUUUUUCAUCA